AUGAUGGAAUCUUUCAAGAAAUUAGAUAUAUUCCCUUAGCCUAUAUAAUUCAAUUCUAUUGAAUAAGCAACAAAAAAAAAAACAGUUACUGGAGCUUUGUUAUCUAUGCUAGUAUUGCUUCUUUCUUUAAGCUAUUUUAUAUAUGAAAGCUAUCUCUAUCUGAGCAAUCAAAUUGAUCCAAUAUUUAGAUCAUAAGCUUUUGUGAGAAAUGAUUUAAUUAAUAUCCCCUUAAAUGAAGAAUCAGUCGCUUUUCAAUACAUUUAGUACAUGAUUAUUUAAAAUCAAACAGAAUUUCCUUCUGAUAAAACAUACAUCUCUUAUGUCGCUAGGUUUUAAUAUCAGAAUAAAGCAGAUCUACAGUCAGUUAUCCUCGAUAUAGCUGAAUGCAAGAGCCCUAACUUAAAAGGACUUCUUUGUGUUGAUUUUUCUAAAUUAGCAAAUAAAGUAUUAAGCUAUGAUUUUACUAAUAAUAUAGCAUCUUCUGUCAUGAUUUAUGCAUAUAAAUGUCAUGAUGUUGAUUAAUUCAAGACAACCGUACCUGAUAAUUGCGCUAGUCCAGAUGAAAUAGACGCAUAUAUUUCACAACAAAAUUAUAUCAUGGCCUAUAAAAUCUAGCAAUAAUAAUUUAAUACAACCUCUAAAAAAAUGGAUUUAAAUUACAAAAAUUAAUUUAUUUCCAUAGAUUCUAGCUAGGUUAUGAUUUCUGAAUUCAAAGUUUAAUUGUAGCACACAGAAAUAGUCGAAGGAGCUUUUGUUUAACAAAAAACCUCAUUUGCCUCUCCAAUUUCUUUUACAAUCAGCUAAUAUAGCAUGGAUUAUUAAACAUAUUCUUAAAAUGAAAAUUCUAAAUAUUUUUCUUGUGUAGCGCUAGACGUUGACGAAUAAGUCUUUUUUACUCAAAUCAAAUAUCCUACCUACCCUGAGGUGCUUGCUAUUUGCAACAGUACUUUUGCACUUUUAAUGUGUUUAGGUUAUAUAGCAAGAAAGCUCUCUUUUACAUUAUUGAAGGAUUAGAUGCUUCUCAUGUACAUGCAAAACAUCUAUUAAGGACAAUAUUUAAAUAUCUUGCAAUAAAAUAAAAUUCUAGAGUUAAACCAAACCCAUAAUGUUUAAUAAGAUGAUGAUAAUGAUAUAUAAUUACAAUAUGAAGAAAAAAUGAACUAAAUUUUUAUUCCUAAUAUAAAUGCUAAACAAAGCGGAAGAGUAUUGAACCAAAAAAGUAACAGAGGAGAUUUUUAUAUUGAGACAAUGACUGAAAGAAAACAAAAGGAUAUUUCUUUAACAGAGUCAAUUUAAACUGAAAAAAAAACAUAAAUCGAAACAAACUUUAAAAUAAAUGAAUCUGAAAUUUAAAAUAUUAAUUAAUCUAUAAAUUAAUGCUCAACAGAAAGAAACUAAACCGAACAAUAACCUCUGUCGUCUACUAGAACUAAUUAUAACUUUAGAAUUUUUUCUUUAGCGAGUUCGCCUUUACAAAAUAAACAAAGAUUUACUUUGAAUUCUCAAAGAAGUAUAAAAAAAUGUAAAACCAUAAAUGUAUAAUUUGCUUAAGAUCAAAACAUUUGUCAAUCAUUGCAAUCAUAGACUUAAAUAAACAAAGAAAAUUAGUUUGAUAAUUUAAAAAAGAAAUUAAACGCUUAUUCGAGCUAAUAGUUGAGCAAAAAUAUACACUAACUACUCUUUAAGUUUUAGUUAAGAAAUUAAAUCAAUUAUCAAAAAUCUAAAGGAUUGAAUCCAAAAACUAAGUUGCUAGUUGAAGAAUAAAUUAACAAAAGUUUAGAUUUUAUUCAUCUAUAAAAAGAAAUACUUUUUUUGAAGAAAGCAAUUAUGGUCUUGUUAAGUAAAGAUUAAUUUGCUAUGAUACCUCUAAUAGGAUGUUCUGAAAAAGGAAUAGAUUAUAUUUACAAUAGAACAGACUAAAAGAAUUCUUUACAAGAUGAAAAGAAAUUAAAUCAUUUUGAAGAAUUGCUGGCCUUGUCUUUUAACGAUAAUUAAACGAGCGAUUAAAUAAACUAUUUCUUAGCAAAGUGUUAAAGUUAAGAGUAUUUAUCAGAUAUUGAUAAAAGGAUACUCUCUUCUAUCAUUUGA